GCUGAGCGGCAAAGGAACUGGUGGUUUCCCCAGCAUUACAAGGAUGAACCAGGACGGCCUUUAUCAAUCUAUCGACUAUGAUGAGGAUACAUCGAGCGACAUCAGUAGCAGCAGCUCCGUCCUGUUAUCGGAUUCGGACAGCACCACACCACCACGAUGCAGCUCCACUGGGAGUGAAAUACCAUCGCUAAGCGAUGAAGAUGAUGAUCAGUUAACAAGCCCGGUGAGCAGUUUGCAAGAAGACGAAUCGGUCUCAACGGAACCUUUCGUGCGCCAGGUUCAGAUGUCACCGAUAGAAAACUCCUACGACUAUGAUGAGGAUACAUCGAGCGACAUCAGUAGCAGCAGCUCCGUCCCGUUAUCGGAUUCGGACAGCACCACACCACACCGAUGCAGCUCCACUGGGAGUGAAAUACCAUCGCUAAGCGAUGAAGAUGAUGAUCAGUUAACAAGCCCGGUGAGCAGUUUGCAAGAAGACGAAUCGGUCUCAACGGAACCUUUCGUGCGCCAGGUUCAGAUGUCACCGAUAGAAAACUCCUACGCCGAAGUUUUCAGCGAAAGAACCACACUGACUGUAGAGCGGUUGGCGAUGUUGAACGUCGAGGACGACGUCACACCUGGAACGGUCUCGGAUCACUGGUCGGUAACAUCCUGGGGGCGCUCAGAAAACUUGGAAAGUGAUGUUGAAGAGGUUCAAGAGACGGGAGGGACCGACUUGUCAUCGUCCGAUGAUUCUCCGGUUGGGGGCGAUGGUCGCUUUGGAAACGGCGGAUAUCAACCACCCCUAGGUGACGCUGUCAGGGCAGCGAACGUAGCUUGGGAGAUCUACCAAGUAACCCCCGGACACCGAAUCUCAAACCAGACCACUCCGCAGCCAUUGUCACCUAGGGCACCAGUCUCGCCAUUGUCAGUAACCCAAGGCCAGCACUCCUUUACACAAGGACACGUUGAGUGGUGUGUUGAGAUGGACCAAGAUACCGGAAGGGCCGGCACGUCAUCGUCCGACGAUUCAUCCGAAGGAGGCGAUGGUCGCAGGGCAACGGCUGAGGACUUUGAAGACUACCUGAAUAGCCUAUUCCAGUUGGAAUCCCGAUCCGAGAGCACUCCCAACGAUGUCGAUGAUGUCCUGCUCCUAGCAGCUCCUGAUUCCACACUUCUCCCGAUGGAAGAUAUACAGUACCCCGGUCCAGAGUUCCUAGAAGGGCCACCACUGCCCGCAGUGCUUGAUGAAGGCCGAGCGAUCCUCUAUGGAUCGCUUUUACCGAGUAGUGAUACGGACCAGCACGAUGCGGAACAACAAGAUACGGUGCGCAGUCUACCUAUGCAAGCACCCGGGCGCGAUCGUUCGGAGCCGUGGCGCCCAGUACCUAAUGUGACAUUGCCAGUAACUCAAGGAGGAGAAAUCUUAAACACGACUACACCGCGGACAGUGUCACCUAGGGCACAAGUCUCGCCAUUUUUCGUGGCCCAAGGGUUGCAUACCUCCACCCGUCUACUCAGAUCGACCUUAGGGCGUACAAUCUCACCGACAGCCCUCGGAAGACAGCCAGGGACAGCUACAUCAGAGGCCGAAAACACGGAAUGGGGACUGGAAGAUUUUCGGGAAUUUCCCGGUGCAGAGGAGGCUCUGAGUGAGGACCUCUGGGUCGUAGCUCCUCCAGCAUGGCAAGUCGACACGCCUGACCGCCGCCUACCCCCGACCCUAGUCCAGUUUGUUCUCCAGCAUGAACGUACCAGAGUCCGCUUCUUAAGACGCGAAUGGGGUCACCGGUUCCGAAUCACCAUCUCGGGGCAGCGAGCCGUCACUAUUUCCAAGUGCUACGAAAAAGAAUAGGGGUGGGAGAAAGCAAAAAACAAGCCCCCAACACAUUUAUCGUCUACAUCCUCUCAUUAGCCCAGGUGGCCAACAAAAAAUAUAUAAUAUAGGAAUGGACCUAAAAUCGGA